AUGUCGGACAAAGUCGACUCGAGCUCUCUCUCCUCUCUCUCCAACAUCAACCAGUACCCCAACUGGGCUGCGCAGAUGAAGGGCUAUCUGAUCAUGAUUGGUUCCUGGACCGUCACCAACUCGGCACCCACUACUACGGCUACUACUGCAACAGCUGAAGAGCUUAAGGAGCAUGACCUUAAGGUUCAACGGGCCCAGGGUAUCAUCAUGAUGAAUGCGAGCGGCGAGGAGCCGAAAGGGGAGAAGAGAGGGUAA